CCGACCGAUUCAGGUGAAGCCAGCUGACAGUGAAGGUCGUGGAGAAGACAGAAAGCUCUUUGUGGGGAUGCUGGGCAAACAACAGACUGAGGAUGAUGUGAGACAACUGUUUGAAUCGUUUGGUUCGAUUGAAGAGUGUACCAUUCUUAGAGGUCCCGAUGGAACAAGCAAAGGCUGUGCAUUUGUAAAAUAUUCAUCGCACGCAGAGGCCCAAACAGCCAUCAACAGCCUGCACGGAAGUCAAACCAUGCCAUCCUCGGCUUCCGCUGUGACUCUCUCUCCCAUCUAUCGCCUCCGUCAUCAAGAAGGACAUACAGGAGCGUCGUCGAGUCUGGUGGUGAAAUUUGCCGACACCGACAAGGAACGCACUCUUCGGCGAAUGCACCAGAUGGCAGGGCAGCUGGGCAUCUUCAACCCAAUGGCAAUCCAGUUUGGGGCGUACGGAGCUUACACACAGGCGCUGAUGCAGCAGCAAGCAGCGUUGAUGGCGGCAGCACAGGGCACCUACCUGAACCCAAUGGCCGCCAUAGCCGCGGCGCAGAUGCAGCAGAUGGCAGCGUUCAACGUGAACGGGCUGGUGGCAACGCCAAUGACGCCUUCCUCAGGUACCAGUACUCCCCCUGGCAUCAGUGCCACAGCUGUACCCAGUCUAGCCACGCCAAUUACAGUCAAUGGGUUCAGUACUAUGCCACCACAGACCAAUGGACAACCAACAUCAGAUACUAUCUACGCCAAUGGCAUCCAUCCAUACCCAGCUCAAAGUCCAACGGUGGCCGACCCACUCCAGCAAGCAUACACGGGCAUGCAGCACUACACAGCAGCUUACCCUGCAGCAUAUGCCCCCAUUGGACAGGCAUUUCCACAGCAACCCCCCAUCAUCCCCCAGCAACAGAGAGAAGGACCAGAAGGGUGUAACCUGUUCAUCUACCACCUGCCGCAGGAGUUUGGAGACGCCGAGCUCAUGCAGAUGUUCAUGCCAUUUGGCAACGUCAUCUCGGCCAAGGUCUUUGUUGACCGCGCCACUAACCAAAGUAAAUGCUUUGGCUUUGUGAGUUUUGACAAUCCAACCAGUGCUCAGGCUGCUAUUCAGGCCAUGAACGGCUUUCAGAUUGGGAUGAAGAGGCUAAAAGUGCAACUGAAACGACCAAAAGAUGCUAAUCGGCCGUACUGACCAUCGCCUAAACCAGGUUGGAAACAUCGCCACAUUCAAUGAUACCUUGUCACAAGUGCAGUCUGAAAACUAAAUGACUUUUUUUUUUGCUGCAAAUCACUGUGGAUGAUUAGAUUUCAAAGUGGG